GACAGGAGACAAAACAGAGGAGCAAAUAAGAAUUCUGGUUUCAUCCUGAUCAACUAAGGUGCGAUUAAAUCCCGACGGUCCAAACAGGAUAUACAACUUUCAUCCCAAGAACCUCUUUUAGGAAACCCAAUUCUGGUUCCCCACUAGAGCCGGUUACUAAGCAACAAUUGUGGGCGGAAAGAGCCUAGCCCCGCCCCUGGAGAGCUCAGGCGUUUCAGGAUCUUCAUCUUUAAGAUCUGCCUUUUCAACUUUUCGAAAGGGCGGGGCAACGAGCGCAGCAGUUACCUCCUUCUCUCCGCCCUGCCGGCUCUCACGUGUGUUCGGUUGCUCAAUGACAGCUCGUCUUCUGGGACUUCCUGGUUGUCGGGGCCAAUCAGAGUGCUCUUCACGUCCUGACCAUUGUCAGCCCGAGGCCAAUCGGCGUGCCUCUAAAACGCCCCUUAAAGGCGCCGCCAAGGCCUCCCGAGCCGGGGCGAACCAAUUACUCGGUUCCUGCCCCCAGCUGCAGUAUGGAGUCGCCCCGGGGGCGGCCUGGGCCCGAGACAGACCUGCUAGCUCUGGGGGAACAGCAAGCUGCGCUCUUCGGCGACGGCCCGAGCCAAACGCCCUCUGAGCGGCCCUCAGGCCUCCGACUGUCCGAGGAGGAAGAAGGAGAGAACGUUGGGGGCGCGAGCUGCCACCCCAAGGCGUCCCCGAAGACUUCGAGCUGCGGCUUUGUCCACCCUCCGGAAUGGGAAGCUCCGGAGGACAAGCCGGGCCGUGGAGGGACGCUUUCUGGGGCAGGGAGCCGCCUCGGGGCGCCAGAUCCCGAAUACGACCCGCACGGGUCCUCCCGGCGCAAGGACCCUGAGCCGCCAGAAGACAAGCCUGAAUCCGAGAGGGUCUGCCGUCGAGGGAGCCCUGUAGGCGGCGGGAUGGAUGUUGAGCAGGAGAAGGAAGACGACGACGAGGCGGCCGCAGCCGGCAGGGGUAGCCGUUCGUUCUCCAGCCGCCUUCAGGACAGCCGCAGCUUGGACGGGUUGAGCGGGGCGUGCGGCGGCGCCGUGUCUUCAGGGGGUGCAGAAUCUGGCGCCGGCGGCGGGCGGCGCGCCACUAUCUCCAGCCCCCUGGAGCUUGAAGGCACGGUGAGCCGCCAUGGCGACCUCACCCACUUUGUCGCCAACAACCUGCAACUCAAGAUCCGUCUGAGCGGCGCCCCUCAACCCCCGCCCCCUGCCCCUACGCGGCCCUGUUCAGCGCCCACACCCACUCCGGCCAUCCCUCCCAUCGACCCCGACGUGCUGCGGGACCUGGAGCGGCUGAGUCGGGAGCUGGGCGGCAGGGUGGACCGUCUGCUUCGCGGUCUGGGAGGUGCGGUGCAGGAGCUGACAGCUCUGAGCGUGGGCUGCAUCCAGACCUACCGCGAUGCAGUGGACUCUCUAGGUGAAGCUGUGGACAUGAGCAUCAAGGGCAUGUAUACCCUGCUGGCGCGCUGUGAAGAACUGGAGCGGGCUCUGCAACCGGUUCAGGGACUGGCGCGACAAGUCCGGGAUAUCCGACGCACCUUGGAGGUGUUGGAGGCCCUGUGCAAGUGACUGGGAAGGCAGGAGAGGCCUGGCAACGCCAGGGACCAGCAGGAUCCUUAAGGACUCUUCAAGGAGCCCUGGUGGGACCUGCCUGCUGAGAGGAGGGAGGCCUAUAUAUGGGAGGUUCUUCCAGAUACGUUUAGCAGGCCUGCGACCAUUCGCUGGGCCUUAUGCAGGUGUACAUGGGGAAGUUCUAAAGACUCUCCUGGUGGGAGGGUAUGAUGCUCUGCUUCUGUUCAGUUGGCCAUCUGCAGCUACCUUGUUCUCCCAACUCUCUUUCCCAAUUAGAGCACCGUCUCUGGAAAUCCGGGGCUUUAGGUCUGGGCUUAGGAGAUGUGACUGUCAUAAAUUAUCAAGAAAGGAGAACAGAGGAGGCUCCAGCCCCCACUCUGGCCACUCUGACCUCCAGUGGUCACACCUCAGGUGCCAGGGGCUGUGGGAGCUUGUGUGGUCAAAGACCACACACCAUGCAGACAACGACGCAUAUUUGCAGAUGGAUAACCUCCUGCUUCUGCCCUUUGGCCCUCUACCAUCCCAUUUCCCCAGUCAUAACCUGGGCGAAGCUAGAAGGAAUGUAUUGCAUGGUGGAGGAGGUGCGUUGGGAGGGGUCUCUCUGCUCUCAGGGUUCAGAUAGAAUUGUUGGUUUUGAAGCCCACCUGUUGUGGAAUGUUCUAAUCAGUUUUGGCUUUCUGAGUUUUUGUGGAAUUAAAGUGCUGCUGCUGCUAAGGCU